AUGUCUUCAGAUUUAGACAAAGAUCAGAGGUCCGAGCCCGAUAUCUUCCAGUAUUCGAAUCUGGAGGACAAGUUUAAACCAUUUGCUGCUGUUUUGAAAAACAUCCAGGUGGAUAAUCUCGCACGGUAUGUCUGGACGAUAUACAAGGCGAACCACCAGCACGAGGAUAAUGAGAAAGGAAACGAGAAAGGAAAAGCGACCGUAAUCCCGCUGUCCGUGAGCGCUCGUGCACUAGCUGGAUCUUCUCACAUCCUCAUUCCAGUGAAUUUUUGGAACGGUACCCGCUGGCUCUUAAAAGUCCCUCGCAAGGGCACUCAAGAUCAAUUCACCGCCGACGAUGCCAGGGAUCUACGAUCAGAGGUCCUAACAAUGCAGCUUCUCAGGCGCGAGACUACAAUUCCCGUCCCAGAAGUGUUUGCAUUUAGCACGAAUUUCAAUAAUAAGCUCGGUUUCCCUUUUAUUCUCAUGACUUAUCUCCCUGGCGCAGCUGUCUCGAAGAUUUGGUAUAAAGAACUGGAGUACCCCAGUCCCAUUCGAGAGACCAACGCCCAAACCCUCGAAGAUCUUGCUGCUGCAAUGAUUCAAUUAAACAAAUUUACCUUUGACAAAAUUGGAAGGAUAGAUUUCAACGAACACGAUGAACCCUCUGAGAUCAGACCAUUGCGGGAAUUGGACUUGAACGCUAUGCGUCGCCAGUCCGGAGACGACGAAACUCGCGAACCGAUAUACACCGAAAUUGGUCCUUUCGAAACGCCAAGUCAUAUUAUACCGCCUACCUAG